UUUUUUUUUCCUUUCAUUUUGGGAAAUUUUGGCCAUGAAGAUCACCGUGAAAACCUUGCAGCAGAAGACCUUCCAGCUCGAUGCUGAACCUUCGGAAACUGUAGCCGAUCUGAAGAAGAAGAUUGAGGAGGGACAUGGUCAUCCUGUUGCAACUCAGAAACUCAUCUACUCAGGUCAGGUCUUGGGCGACGAUAAAACUGUGGAAUCAUGCAACAUCAAGGAGAAGGGAUUCUUGGUGCUUAUGGUAGCAAAGCCCAAAGCCGAGCCUAAACCUGCUGCUGCUGCCACUCCUGCUGCUGCUGCUGCUGCUACUUCUGCUGCCCCAAGUAACCCACCUGCCGCUGCACCAGCCGCCGCUCCCGCUCCCGCAACAUCAAUACCCGCUGCUGCCCCACCUCAGCCCCCAAAUGCCCCAAUUCUCACACCCGCUCAGGCUGCUCCCGUCUCCACACCAGCCCAAUCCGCCCGCGCUAUCAAUGACGAGAACGCAUUCGUCACUGGGGCAGACCUUCAGACAGCCGUGCAGAACAUGAUGGAGAUGGGCUUCGAGAGAGAGCAGGCGAUGCGCGCUCUGAGAGCAAGUUACAACAACCCUGAGCGUGCCGUAGAGUACUUGUUUAAUGGUAUCCCUUCUCACCUCGAAGACGUUGCCGCAGGUACUCGGGCGCCUCAGGCACAAGCUCCCGCUACCCCCGCUUCUGCUCCCGCCCCUGCCCAGGCAGCCCAGGCGCCAGUGCCCAUCCCUGUUGAGCAGCUCCCACGGGCUCCUCCCGCGGCUGGCCAACCGCAGAACUUAUUCCAGCUCGCUCAACAGCAACAGGCUCAGCAGCCCGGUGCCGCCGGUGCACGCCAGCCUGGUCAGCCAGGACUCAGCCUCCCGGGGGGUGGCGGUGGCGGUGGUGGUGGCCUUGACAUCAGCCAACUGCAGAGCCAGCCACAAAUCCAGCACCUCCGCCAGCUCUUGCAGCAGAAUCCGGCGCUCAUCCAGCCCGUGCUCCAUCAGCUCGCGCAGUCGAACCCGGAGCUUGCGGAGCUCUUCACACAGCACCCCGAAGCUAUCGCCCAGGCGAUUGGCUUGACGCCCGAUGACCUUGAGGGUGGCGGCGACAUACCUGAGGGCGCGCAUGUCAUUCACGUCACUGAGGAGGAGCAGGCGGCAAUCCAGCGUCUCCAAGAUCUUGGUUUCUCUCGAGCAGCUGCUAUCGAGGCAUACUUUGCUUGCGACAAGGACGAGGCGAUGGCCGCGAAUUACUUGUUUGAUUCUGAAAACCAGGCCGAUUAAGUAUCGUGUAUUAAUGUGGAUCCGUAUGUAUGUGUAGCAAUUUCAUUGUGUACCACUUGUCUUCCUUAGUUCGUGUUGAUGCCGAACAUUUAUGAAUAAUGAUUGCUCGUGGAGCCUACAGUCCCAAGGUACCCAAACGAAUGGAAGAUUUGGUGGGUUUCAAUUCGGACAAGACGUAUGGGAUAGAUGUAGCUAUCAUGGAUCAUGUGAACCCAUGUAAAUGCACAAAAUAAGAGGGAAUCUUAAACGCAAUUCGUGAUCCCGGGCUCGUCACAGGUCCGGAAGCCGAUCAUCCCCCUUAAUAUUGGUCUUGGACCGCUAGAGGUCCGUAUCGAUCGGCUGUCCACUGUAGAAAGUCCGACACGAGCAGUACAGCCUUCUCGUAUGAUUCUGAUGAUGAAGAUCUUCGUUAAUGUGUGUAAGAGGAGAUUUAUUGCCUGUGCAGCUGGGCGCAUUGUGCACCUUGCCCAUCCGACGUAUGACUAAAGCUUAGCGACGAAUUGCGCCGCAUUGUCUGAACGCGGCCGUAUCACGCAUGGGAAUGGCGCGGGAUGGCUCGUAAGACCAGGGAGCCAGUCGAGCUCAGGGAUGAUGUCUUGUCCCUUGGCAUCUUUUGCCGGUACGACCUCGAAGACGGCGAGGAACGAUGCGACGACGAUCCAGACGCUGGCGUCGGCCAGAUGUCGUCCCGGACAUAUUCUGCGUCCCCAGCCAAAGCCAAUGCCCACGGGAAGUGGCUCUGACUCAGGCGAGAGGAAGCGUUCCGGUCGGAACUCCGUGGGGUUGUUGUACACCUUGUCGUCCAUAGACAUUGCGAUGUUAUUAGUCAGGACAGUGGUGCCUCUAGGGAUGUACAUGCCGCGAUAGAUAUCGUCCGCGGUGCUACUGUGUAACAAACCGAACGGGGAAGGUGGGUGCCAUCUUAUCGUUUCCUGAAUGAAGGCCUCGAGAUAAGGAAGUGACUCGCGAUCAUCGAAGUCAGGUAGCCUUUUUCCGUCGAGAACAUCGCCAAGUUCGUUCUGUGUCUUGCGCUGGGCCUCAGGGUUGAGAAGAAGUAUCGCAAUCACGUUUAAGAUUGUGGACCAUGUCGUCUCCGCGCCAGCCACGUACAUUAGUGAUGAGGCGACCUUCAAAGUCUGCAGAUCCUCGGGACUGACUCCUCCGCUUCGUUCCAGCUCCUCGAUCUGUAUCGACGCGAAGCUCGGAGCGGCGUCGCCAGCAAUCAUCCGCUGGCGCACGUGCUCGAAGGGCAUGUUCCGCAUGUGCCGAAUAAACGGCGCCGCAUCUCUUGCGCGCCGGCCAAACUGGUUCCCCGGGAACCAGCUAGGCAGGUAUUUGAGCCAGGGGAAGAAGUCAACGAUGGACAGAGCAUGGCCUGCUUCCGUGACGAUCUUGUUCGUUCUCUCAGCCAUAUGCACGUAAGGGUCAUCAUCAGAGGUGACUUUGUGCCCGUACGCUAUCUCCAUGAUAACUGCGGUGGAGAAUUGCCGCACGUGAUCCUCAUAACGCUCUGGGUCGUGUAAAACCUUCUUCAGGAGCACACGGGCCUGUGACAGCUGACUGGGCUGGAAUACAACACAGCCUUGCCUUGUGAAAGCCUGUUGGAAGAACUUGCGCUGCUUGUGAAACCGUUCUCCGUACGGCAAGAAUCCGAGCAUAUCUGUCCAUCCAAUCAUCUCGUGGAUGACAGAGCGUGGGCGGCUGCUAUAUAUUGCACUCCGCUUCUCCAGAAGAUCCGACGCAGCUUCUUGGCUGCUGAGAACGACGAGGGGCUUUCCCAAGAUGUUGAAGUACAUUACAUCGCCAUAUUUUCUGGCCAGUUCCAUAAGACCCAGGGGCGUGUCGCGGGAGGGGAAGGCCCGAACAUUGCCAAUCAGUGGAUCCAGAGGCGGACCUGGUGGAAGCGGGGCAGGUCGUCUGUACUGCUUCCAGAAUGCUCUACAAGCAAGGAAUAGCAGGAGGAGUAGAGCCGCGACGAUGACGCGAGACAU